ACAUAGAGGAAGAGGAAAUAGUUUUAAGUAAGGUUAAUUUUACUAAAUUUAAUUUACACGAUUUAAAUACAUUAAUAAUAGACAAAAUGUUGAGAAAUAUCCUUAUAAGCGCAAAUUUGUUGAAGUUUAGUGUUAGGGGUUACUCAUCUAAGAUUCCCAAAAAUGCACUGGAAAAUGUGAUAUCUGCUCAACAUCAAAAAGAAAACGGCGUAGUUUACGAUAAGAAACCCUUCAAAAUUGCUCUUGUCGAGGGUAAAAGUUAUUUAUGGUGUCUCUGUGGAAGAAGUCAUAAUCAGCCGUUUUGUGACGGUACACAUAAAAAUCAACAGCUUAGAGUAACUCAAAAACCUAUCAGAUUCCAAGUGGAAGAAUCAAAGGAUUAUUGGCUUUGUAACUGCAAACAAACUGCUAAUAGGCCAUUCUGUGAUGGUACACACAAAACUGAUGAUGUUAUUAAUGCAACAUCUCUAGUUCGACAAUAAGAAGUGUUUCUAUCUCUGGUAGUGUUAACAUUAGUGUAGUGCAUCUUAGAGUCGAAUCAUCAAAACACAAGAAUAUUAAUCCAACUCCCUCUCAUUACCUCUCAAGUAAAGACUGAUUUUCAAGCUUCAACACAUCAUGACUACUAUAUUACAGAAAAAUAGUAUGAAAACCUUACAAAAUGGUAAUAAAGGUAUCCACCAUAAUUUAAAC